AUCCCCGGCCGGGGAGGAGCCGGCGGGCUGCGCGGAGCGGGGCUGGGCGCGCCGGCUCCCGGGCCGGGCUGCUUUCGCUUUCGGCUGGCAGGAGAUGGCCGAGAGCGGCCAAGGGGCGCGCCGCAGCCGCACGGAGGGGCAGGCGGGCGCAGGGGAGUCUCCCGGCGGCGGGGCGAGCCCCGAGCCUGGCCAGCGCGCAGGAGCCGAGCCCGGGAGCUGCCCGGCCGCUUGCAGCGCCCGCGGGCCGGAGCUCGGCUCUGCGGCGCCGGGGGGAGGCGCUGACCCCAGCCCCGCCGAGCGGUGGGGACCCGUCCUGAUGGCCUGGCUCCUCUCCUUAUUUGCGAAGGGCCCCGAGGCGUCCAGCCGCAGGGACCGGCCGGACGGGGAGCCGGACACCCCGAUGCCCCAGCUCGGUGCUAACAGAGCCCGGGGAGCAGCUGGAACAGCCCAAGAGCUCCGGGAGACGGCGGAGAGGCUGCAGGCUCAGCUGGAGGCUCUGAAAGGCUCCUCGGACCCCGAGACACUGGAAUUCCUGCAGGCACUAGACGCGCCCAUCAGAAUCGCCAGCCGCGUGCUCGUUGAGAACCAGAGACUACGGCAGGAGGUGGAGGAGUUGAAGGGCAGGUUGGCAGCCCCACCACCCCUGAAACCAGCCAGCCAGCCUCCAGCUCACUGGGCAUCGUCCCCCUGGACCUCCCAGACACCGCCUUCCCUGGCCACCCGGAGCACAGCCUUGCCCCUGCAGGUCCGCGCGAGCGGUAAGACGGCUGGCUGCGAGAGGCAGUUCUUGGACCAGGUGGCUCAGCUCCUUGCGGCCCAGGGCAUCUCCCUGCAGGCAGGGGAGUACGAGCUGCACUCCAGCUGCCCGCUGCUGCUCUUCUGCCCCAUCUCGUCCCGCUUGGGCACAGACAUCAGCAAUGCGCUGGAGGGGAUCUCCGCGGCGAGGAAGACGAUCCUGGUGGUGCUGCAUCACCAGCCCAAGGAGCGGGCCGAGCUCUACGCCUGCAGCAAACGGGAGGCCCAGCACCCGGGCCUCCUGCACACCGUGGACGGCUGCUUCUCCACCCAUUCCGGCUUCUACCACUGCCAGGCCAACACCGCCGCCGUCGCCUCUGUGGCUGCUGCCCUCCAGCAGCUGGCUGUGGGCGGUCACUAGGGGGCACCCGGAUCUGCGAGCUGGGGUGUGGAGUGCCAGUGGGGCUGGGCUAAGCCCUGGUGGCUGCGCUGCCCUGACAAGUCCUAGCGGGGAUGGCAUAGGGGACCCCCACCCCUGCCUGGGCCAGGCCAGCACUGGAGCAUGGUGGACUGUUACCUGUGGGAAUGCCCUUCUCUGGGCUGGCACUGUUCCUACAAACCUUUGCCCCCCAAGUACCCUUGGGUCAGUCCAUCCCCUCCCGCAUCACACUUAGGGCAGUGCUUGGCGUCAGAGCUGUGCAGAUGUAUUAGAUCCUGCCACAUUACACAGCUAGCCCCCUCCCUGGGCUAUGGGUGUUGUCUGGGCAUGCCCCCCAGUUUGCUCACCCCCUCAAGCUGCCCCCAGCCCACCUGUGAACAUGGAUCAGUCCCUGCAGGGAUCUCAUGCGAGUAGUGUGAUGAGACAAGCUCUGGCUCUCUUGGGUUCUGGGCUGGGGCCUGGUGAGCGUGGAAGCACUUUGGGCUGGACCCUGGGACCAGCUGUCUCGGCAGCAUUGGGCACAUGUCCCUCCCAGCGCAGUCAGGGCCAGAGUGUCCACUGGCUGCAGGAGGAGACCAAGGGAGGCUCUGUGCCCACCUAAUGAGUGUUGUGCUCUGGCCAAGAUGCUGUCUUGGCCUGUUCUUGCCCAUGAGCCUUUCCUGGUAUGUCAGACUCCAACCUGAGCUAGCUGCCUGGGCCCCAACAGGCUGGGGGAAAGGGUGUUGUAAGGCCAGAUCGGCGGCAGCUUGGGGUGGAUGUGGACAGUUCUUUGAUUUUCCACUUGUGGGUUGACAGCCCCUGGCUGGAGCCAGCCCCAGGGGCUGUUCAUGUGGUUAAGGGUGGGGCAUUUUAGAGAGCUGUCCUAACCAGCACUCUGCACAUCCCCCCUGCCAUGGGUGCCGUAGCAGCCCUGCUGCCAAGAAUAGGCUACCUGAGGGCUUCUCCUUUGUGCCGCAGUGGGGCUCCUAGCUUGGCCGUAGAGGCUAGGGCCCACGUCUGAGGCUGCUGCCUGCGGUUGGUGGAGCUGCGCCGUUAGCUGCAGGCUUGUGCUUUUCACAUGCACAAGCCCCGUGCUGGGUUCCUGCCUGCGACUCACCUCCGGGGAGUGCUGCAGGUGGAAGGUGCGGUAGAUCUGGGCUGAGAGCGUGGGCCAUAUGGUGGAAUAAUGACUACACUGAUCUGGACCGGUGGGUUGGAAUGCCCUCUAAAGCCCACCUCACCUGUGCCCUCCUUCAGCCACUAAAGAACCACCGCAUUUCCCUCACCCACCUCCUUCUUGUGCCUUUUUGGUCGCAGAGGCCAAGCCAAUAAACUACACCAAGCCAG